AUGGCAACUACUCGUCCAUCAUCGUCUAAUACUACUACUUCUUCAGCUAUAGUUAUUCAUCAAUUAGCUGAAUUACUACGUACAAAUGGACAUAGAGUUUUACAUGGAGAUAGUAAAGUGUGUUUUACAUCGGAUUCACUUACUCUAUUAAAUAAUUAUUUUCAUUCGGCUAAACUUAAUAUAACAUUAUCGUUAGUAAAUGGUCAUCCAAGAACAAAUUCAUUACCACCAUUACCACCAUUACCAACUGUUCAACAUUUAACAAUUAAUACGAAACUUCGAGAAGAUUUAGUAUUUUUACAUGAUUUUUUACAAAAAAUACAAGUCGUUAAAUUAAUUCAUAAUUCACCAACUCUUCAAGGAAAUGUUCUUCUAUAUCCAUUUCAACAGGUUGUUUGUCUUGAAUUAAAAAAGAUUCCACCACAUAUGGUACUCGGUUUAUCUUUACUUCGUCAUCAACUUGAAACAUUAAUAUGUUCUCAAUCUGUAACAAAAAUUGAAGAUUUAAUAAAUGAUUGUGGUGGAGAUUCAACACAACCUCAAGCAUGGCCACGACUUAAAUCACUUUUUCUUGCUCAUAAUUUUAUUGAAUGUCUUGAUCAAUCAUUAAAACAUUUAGUUGCACUUGAAGUACUUGAUUUAAGUCAUAAUCGAUUACAAGAUUGUUCAAAGAUAUUAGAUAUAAUACCUGAUGUGAAACAUUUAAAUCUAUCAUCUAAUCAUUUACGUACUAUACCAAUAUGGUCAGAAACAAAAGGUUCAUGUCGAUUAUUAACACUUAAAAUACGUCAAAAUUCUAUUGAAGACAUAGCUGGUGUUGAAUUAAUGAAAUCAAUUGAAGAAUUAGAUUUAAGUGAUAAUUUUAUAACACGUAUACCUGAACAAAUUCAACAUAUGCCAAUGAUAAAACGACUCUACUUUGCACGUAAUCCAUUUACAUAUGCAUCAAAUUAUCGACAAAAUAUUAUAUAUAAUUUACCAUUUGUAUUUUCACAAGAAGCUCGAGAACUUAUGAUUGAUAAUGAACAACUUACAACAAAAGAGAAACAAAGAAUUCCACGGAAACGUAAUCCUCCAUCAAAUCGUGCUCAAGGUUUUAGAUUUAAUACACCAAUAUUAUCAUCAUCACAAAAUACAACAACAAGUGAAUCAACAACAGAACCAGAAUCUGUUGUAACAAAUUCAUCCGGAACAAUUGUUUCUCGACGUCGAUCUCGUCGAAAACUUCGAGAUGGACAUUUAAAAUCACUUGAUAAUGAUGAAACACCAACAGAACAUGCUACAUCCGGUUCAGAAAAUGAAUCAGCUGUACAGAGACGUCAUCUGGGAAAACUAGUUGAAUCACGUCAUGAAGUUGAACAUAAUUAUCUUACAUCACAAUUAUCAUUACCUGUCGAAAAUACUUAUACAACAGCAAUAGUUGAACAUGAUGAUACGAUGUUAAAAUCACCACCAUCAACAUCUAUUGCAAGUAGUAUUCCACGUAAAUUAGCAAAUGAUUUAUCAAAAUCUCCAAAACGACGAAAAAGUCCUCGUUCUCGUAAAUCAGAUCAACCAACAAAAAUUAUCUUAGAAGUUGUUGAUUUUCAAAAUACACUAUCGGAUGCAACACCAAUACCAGAUUCAUCACCAUCAGAAAAAGAAAUUUCAUUUAAUGCAAAAUAUUCAACAACAAUUAUACCUAAACAUGAAAUAGAAUUAAUUACUAAUGAAGAAAAUAAUACUGGCGAUAGUAUACGAACAAUAUUUUUUGUUACUGAUCAAACAUUCGAGAAUAAUAAUCGUUCAUUUACAAUUGAAAUUGAUCGAAUGUAUUUAAUUGAAAAAGAUAAUAAUGAUAAAUAUUAUAUAGAAAAACUUAAAUAUUCAACAAUUAAACUUUUAACUAAUAAUGAAAGUAUUCAAAAAACUGUUGAAUUUACAUUUGAAAAACGAAGAGGUGAAGUUGAACGAAGAAUAUAUUUAUUUGAUACAAUACACGAUCAAAAAGCAUUUGUUGAAGAAAUUGAACGGCAUCUUGAAUUACCUAUGUCAGCUGAUAUAAAAACUACUUCAUCAUCAUUGGUUGAGUGUACAAAAUGUGGCCGAAGCUUUCCUGAAUUCACCACAAUGAACAAUGCUGAAAAUACAUCAUCUUAUGUUUGUUCAAAUUGUCAAACUACAGCAAUAACAUUACCACCUGUAUUUGAAGAUGAAACACAAUCAAAAAUAUCUAUUGACAUAUCGUCGGAUGCAGUUGAACUUGAUCAUCGUUUACAUUUUCAUUUAGCUACAGAACAUUUUACACAUAAUAAUGAACAAAUAAAACUACAUUUUAAAUGUUUUGUUGUUCGUUCAACAACAAGUAAAUAUUUUAUUGCUCAAACUGUUCUAACAGAUUAUGGUAUUUAUAUAUUUCAAUAUGAAGCACCAAAUAAUGAUAUAGAAUCCGAAUAUAUUCUUGUUGGUAAAGAUCUUUUAACAAAUGUACUUAUGCUUGAUAUUGGUUAUCGUUUACAAACAUUUACAAUUGAAUUACAAUCAGCUGCAUUUGCUUUUAUUCUUGCUGAUCAACAAAAAACACAAAAAAUUGUUAAUCAUAUUCUAGAAGUUCUUUCACCUAUUGUUCAAAGUGGUGAAGGUGCAUUACAAAAGAUUAGUCGUAUUAGUUCAGAUGAAUAUCGACAACGUUUAUUUGAUAUUAUUAAAAUUGAAUGUAAUAUCAAUGAACCAAAUGAUGAUAUGAUUGAUUUUUAUUCAACUAUGAUUCGAAUGGAUCAAACUGGUAAUAGUCAAAUGAUUGCUUUAUUACUUCUUCAAAAUUGGAUAUUAAUGAUUGAAGAUGCAUAUGCAACAAUUGAUUCACGUCAUGUUCGUUUACCUGCUCAAUUAACAUCAGAAUCAGGUACAAAUCAACAAUUAAAAUGUGAUCUUAUGCAUUUAGUUAAUGUGACCAAUUAUUUAAAUCAUCAAAAAUUAUUAGUUUUUGAUUUUGUUGAUGAAUCAGAAACAAAACAAUUUCGAUGGAAAUUAGAAAGUAUAACAAAUGAAAGUAAAAAUGAAUUUUUAAGAAAAGUUCGAGAUACUUAUAAAAAAUUUAUGGGUAUUCCUAUACCAGAAAAAUUGGAAAUGCUAUAA